CGAGAAUGUAAAUUGUUCUGAAAGACAUUGACUUUAUUACAGUCCAAAUGAAUUACAACGACAUUAGAAUAAGAUUUAGAUGAAAUUACAGAUGAACUCCAUAAAAUAAAAUUACACAACUGACAAGAAACUGACCUUCUGUUGAUCGGCCUGUGACUUAGAUGAGGAUUACAUGACGUUUGGGCAAUAUGAUACAAUAAUAUAACAAUAAAUUAGUUUUUAAAUGUAAAGAAUAUAGAUAUAAUACCCACAAAACACACAAGCCACAAUUAACCUUUUUGUUUGUUACCGUAUAGGUCUAUAGAAAUAAUUUGAGAGCGUGUUGUUAUAAUGGACACAAGUGUCGCCUAAAGUCAUCGUCAUAUUUAAAAAGGCGCGUUUCUUCUUUCUCGUCGUUUUGAUGAAUGUCUAAAUAAUGUUGAACCCUUUUAAAUUCCACCAUGGUCGUAUUUCACUUACAGAUCCAUAAAACAUGAACGCUGCACUUAAACAGAUGAUCUCUGUCUCUGCGUUUGGUUCAUAUACAUUAAGAGAAAAACAAACAUUAAAGAUGUUAAAGAAAAUAUAGGCAAACAAAGCAAAUUUACAAGCAUCUCCACUAAAUAAUCACAUAUUAAGUUACUGCAUGUUAGAUAAAUGAUGGUGUCAGACAAGGAGAAAUCUUUAGAUUAGAUAUUAUCAGCAUCAGUGACACUGUAGAGAGAUAAAGACUGAAUUAAAUGAGACAAUAUAUACUCUUGAAAACCAUCGCUACAGUGCUGUAUAGCUGCAUUUAAUUUUACACAUUAAAAACAUUGUUUUUUUUUUUUUUUUUACCCAACCCCAUGUGAAUUAUAUUUUGAGGAUUAUUUUUUAGCAACAAUCCAUUAAGUUACAAGGUCUCACGACGUUUGUAAAACUGACAGAAAGUCUAGUUUGACUGUAAAAGAUUUUAAUACGCUAAAAAUGGCGAGCUACAUUUCCAAUAAUAAUAAUAUUUUUCGUUAUUAGGCUAUAAUAAACUGCAAAAGAGACGUAGGCAACAGGCGACGCGUAUUAAUAUUUCAUAUAGCCUACAAAAACACCUCACGAUGAAUCUGAGUUACAAGCUCUUAUGUCUUAAACCGAGCGGAAGUUUUAAUAACCUGCGAUAAUCGAAUCGUUUUCGCGUUUUAUCUUACGCGCGAUGAGAUCGCGUUUUCCGCACUUAAUUAUCGUUAAAUAUUUGUUCUAAACGAAACGGAAGAUGGACUAAUCAAAUGACCCUUACGUACGGCUUUUAAUAUCAUUAGCGACACAGUUGUAUGAGGUUAAUGUACUUACUCUGCCAGCGUCAUAAAGUAAACGCGUCUAUUGUGUCAAAUGUUGAAACAAUGAUUUCUACAGUGCGACGCGUCAUUAAUGGCGCUACAAUACGAGCUUGAUGGAGUGCGGCUUUGUCCCGGCUACGCGUAUGCAAAUUCGCCGCCGCGCAUCCUCCAAUCAGAGAAUAGCGUCACUUAGCGUCUUCCAAUAGGAGAUACGCGCUUGCAGGUGGCGGUGCGGUUAUCUGCUCGUCAUCACAGAUAGAGUCCAUUGACCGGCGAACGGCGCCUCAGAUGCGGGGGAUCGCAGCACUCAAAGCGGGCGUGAGAUCUGCCGACGGCCGGCGGCUGGAUUCUGCUUCGGAAACUCCCACAGCCUGAAGGACACUUUUGCAUGGGAAACAUUCGCAAAACUUUUGAAACUUGCAAUUCUCGUUCCCUUGGAUGAGUUGUCAAGUUGUGGGCACUAAACUUUGUCGUGCACUGUUGUACUUUGUAUGUCUGUUGUUGUUUGGCGGUUCAUCCUGUGGUUCACGCGCACCAAUGUUAGCUGUCGGGCAGAUGGAUACUAACCGGCAGAGUGCGUUCGUUCUGGGCAGCACUCCACUGGCUGCGCUGCACAACAUGACCGAGAUGAAGACCUCUUUAUUCCCGUACACCCUGCAGAACCCCGCGGGCUUCAAGGCUCACUCCCUCGGCAACCUGAACUCUCAGAUUCCCCUCGGAACGCCGCAUGGAAUAAGCGAUAUCUUGGGGAGACCCAUCACCACCGCCGGACAGCUGCUCUCGGGCUUUCCCAGGAUCAACGGGUUGGCCACAUCAGCUGGGAUGUACUUCAACCCGGCGGCCGUGUCUCGGUAUCCCAAACCCCUGACGGAGUUGCCCGGUAGGGCGCCCAUAUUCUGGCCGGGAAUGAUGCAAGGUUCACCCUGGCGAGACCCGCGGGUUCCCUGUCCGGCCCAGGCGAAUAUGAUGCUGGACAAGGAUGGCAAGAAGAAACAUUCCAGACCAACUUUUUCAGGACAGCAGAUUUUCGCGCUGGAGAAAACCUUCGAACAGACCAAAUAUCUGGCCGGUCCAGAGAGAGCAAGACUCGCAUAUUCUCUGGGAAUGACCGAAAGUCAAGUCAAGGUUUGGUUUCAGAACAGAAGAACCAAAUGGCGGAAGAGACACGCGGCUGAAAUGGCCACGGCUAAAAAGAAACACGAUUCAGAGACGGAGAAAAUGAAGGAAAGCUCGGAAAACGAGGAGGAUGAUGAAUAUAACAAACCUCUGGACCCGAACUCCGACGACGAGAAAAUCACAAGACUGUUGAAAAAGCACAAGACGAGUAACCUGUCCCUCAUCAGCCCGUGCAGUAACAGCUCGGACACUUUGUGAUGAUACUGAGCAAAAGACUCUUCAUUAUCAUCAUCAUCAUCUGCCUCAGAUUCUUCUGGGAAAAUGAGACAGAGUUAAGCAGGGUAUAAACACACUGUUCACGCUGCUUUUGCUUUGCUUUGAAUGCGGUUGUACAGUUAGAAGUGGACGUGAGAUGUAUAUAUAUUUUUUACUGAGUAAAUUAUGUUAUGAAAGCAUCACGAAGACGUGCCAACUUUCCCUCAUCAUCAUCAUCACCACCACCAUUUAAGAUCAUCUUUGUCUUCGAUCGCAGAAGAAUAACGACGCAUAUUUCGCCUAAAAGUUUCACUUUUUUAAUUUUGAAAACAGGUUCACAAAGUGUAUAAAAGUGCCAGUGCUGUAAAUGAUGUGAAUAGAAUUUGUUUUAACAAUGUCCUUUUGGCCGCUUAUACUUUCAAUGGAAGGAGUUUAUGUUUUACCUCACAACACGAAAAAUACACAAAGAUGGACAUAAAUAUCGAUGAAGAGAAUAUUAUUGCUUCCGUGAUGAAGGAAGAAAAAACUUUGUAUUAUCAAUAAAUUAUUUAACAAGCCAA